CAUCGUAGCAUCCCAACUCACGAACCUCACCUCACUCCUUCAUCAACUUGGACUGGGAAAUCCCCAUGCCCAUGAAUAGACGCCGACCCAAGUCAGAAUGCCAACACCCAUAACAGUAUCCAUUACCGACGAAGAGGAUGCCCAAGCAUCAUGCUGCGCCCCGCUAACCUCACUCACACACCCGGUUGACGUGGGCGAGAUGCGAGACCUUGGCCAGCUCCAGAAUGCCUUCUGCCUCCCACCACUGCUGGGGCCGUUGCUCUUCGACAAUGAGUCGAGCGACUGCCGCGACCACGCGGCCAACGAGCGAACCUUCCUCUCAUACCUCCGACUUUCCAUCUACAUGUCCGUCGUAGCUGUCGCCAUCGUGCUGUCCUUCCACCUGCGCAAGACGGCUUCGGAAACGGAGCUGCGCAUGGCCAAACCCCUGGGGGCCAUUUUCUGGGCGCUGUCGGUGACAUGCCUGGGGGUAGGAAUUGCAAAUUACACCAGAACUGUCAACAAGUACAGUCGGCGGGCGGCCAUUGUGCAGAGCGGGUGGAAGACGCAAAUGGUCAUGGGCACGAUAGCCUUAUGCAUUUUCGGCUCCUGCGUGGCGCUGCUUGUUAUUAACAAGUUGAACGAGCAAGCGGAUGCCUAGUGCACGACUAUGGGUUCAGGAGUCCGGC